CCCCAGCGUCUCCCACCUCUUUACUGUGCAACUAGGAAGUUGCGGUUUCAAUGUCCUGCAGGGCAAGCUCUCUCUUACUUUCUCUACCGAAUCUUAGUAUUCUUAGUGACCCUCUUAGCGAUCACGAAGACAAAACCCAAAUUUCUUCAACUUCUCAAGGUUUAUUCCCAUAUCGCGAAAGAGAAAUAGACGUAUUCAUUCACUCCCUUUGAAGUCCUUUUUUCUUUCUCGUCUUGUUUCAAAUCAAUAAACCCUUCCAUCGUGCCCCCCCGGGCCCCUACUAAGCCGACACCUUUUUACGUGCGACCGUCAGCCACCGGUCUUUUUUUACUGGCGCAACCGAUUCGAUCGCUUCUCUCGGGUAUUCGUGGCAUCUCUGCUGAUCGAGGCGCAACACGAACACCUGACUAUCCUUCGUUGGUGCUGCCCUCGCCCGGCGCGAGCCAUCAAAUCUCCUUUUGCGACGACUUCCUUCCCUUCCCUUUUCCACCAUACCCAUCACUUUCUACUAGACGUUGCGAUUGCGCUCGCAACCAUAUACCUGUCUUCAUGAUGAUGUUAGACGAGAAAUACAUCGGAUUAGCGCUAGCUAUCUCCUCAAGUUUAGCCAUUGGCACGAGCUUUGUAAUAACGAAGAAGGGGUUAUUGCAAGCAGAAGAGAAACAUGGCUUUCAGGGCGAGGGCUUCGUCUAUCUAAGGAAUCCAAUGUGGUGGGCCGGGAUGGUAACAAUGAUCACUGGAGAAGUCUGCAACUUCGCCGCAUAUGCCUUCGCACCAGCUAUUCUAGUAACACCUUUGGGUGCGCUGUCCGUCCUAAUAGGAGCCGUCUUAGGGUCAUACUUCCUGAAGGAAGAGUUAGGAACAUUAGGAAAGCUUGGAUGUGCCAUAUGCUUGCUCGGCGCUAUCAUCAUUGUCCUCCACGCUCCUCCCGAUGAAGAUAUCCAGACUGUCGAAGUCAUUCUUAGAUAUGCGCUUAGGCCGGGGUUCCUUCUUUACUGUACGACCGUAGCCAUCUUCGCGACCGUUAUGAUCUAUAAGAUCGCUCCAGUGCAUGGCAAAAAGAACCCUCUGAUAUACCUCUCGAUCUGCUCUACUGUCGGCUCCGUUUCCGUCAUGUCUGUGAAAGCUUUUGGCAUUGCGCUAAAGCUCACAUUCGCAGGAAAUAACCAGUUCACCCAUGCCUCGACAUACAUCUUCAUGAUUCUUACAGCAUUGUGCAUCCUGACCCAGAUGAAUUAUUUCAACAAGGCACUCAGUCAGUUCAGCACGCAAAUAGUUAACCCCCUUUACUAUGUGACUUUCACUACCGCCACCUUAUGUGCUUCGUUUAUCCUCUUUUCUGGUUUUAACACUACUGAUGUUGUUAAUACCCUCUCCUUGCUAUGUGGUUUCCUUAUCACCUUCACUGGUGUCUACCUUUUGAAUCUCUCGCGUCGUGACCCUAACGGGACGAGAAUGCUUGCCGGACAGAGCACAGAUGCUACCGGCACCGACAUGAUCUCGAGCCUCCAGACGCGUCUCAGUAUGCAAGCUCGCCGCAGCACAGGUUCGCGGAUAAGCAUAGGAAGCCGAGGGCAGUCUGAUAGGGAAGGACUUAUGCGCGCGUAUGACUUGGAACAGGCGGCAGGCGAAUUUGGCCUUAACGACCUAACCUCGGAUAGUGAUGACGAACCGUCGUCGAGGAGGAAUGGGGGCCCGUCACCAAAAGUCCAUGAAUCGAUUGAGUUGCAAAGCCGGAAGAAGUCGGGCGAGUGAUGGACGUCGACAUACCAAGAUUAGCAUCUCUUAAAACAUCUCCACCAAGAUCUCUACGACCGCAUUGUAUAUUUUCUCAUUCGCCGAACCGCUUCUUCGAAAGCAUUAGAAAGUUCAAUCCCACUGGUGGACACGAUUGAUAUCAUGGAUUUUACGUGGGAACCUAAGGUGUAUAAUGGUAGCCAUACCUCCCUCCCGAUAUUGAGGAGGGGAUAUCCGGCUCGAUAAAGGAGUAUAGAAAGGCAACUACGUUUUGGGUUCUUGGUUGGGAUUCUCACUGCGGCGUUCCGGGGGACAUUGGUCACUUUGGAAGUACCCCUUCCGGCACACAGAUUCGGCGUACGGACAAGGAAUCCGGUUCGUUCAGUUCAGGGGGCACGAAGAAACGGGUAGUCGAGCUGCCGGCCCACCCCAAUUAUUUUUCCGAGUUUGUGAGAUUAUUUUUUGCCAAAUUUACUUGGUUGUACGAUUACCACGCGUGGAAAGAGAGAUGACGGACACGUUUCUUGUUCCCUUGUCUCAAUUUUUUGUUCAAACAACGACGGCAAGGGUUGGGAAGCUGGCAUGGGAAUCGAGACGGGAACGGACGGCGGGGUUCCUAGGUUGGUCCGGUGGCAUCAAAUAGGUAGCCGCCGCUGAGCUUUUCGAGGGACUUAUGUAGGUUAUCUAGCUUCUGGGGAGACAGCGAGUAAUUAAUGCACGCCAUCUUCCAACGUAUCGCGUAUACCCGUGG